CACCAGGUCUCCCAACUCGUGGUUGACUCUCCAGCGUUCCUCCAAGAGCUGGAGUGCCACCUGCAGCGCAUGCAGCCGGCGCUGUGCGGGCGUGUACAGCUGCACUCGUCUCCGGCGCCCAUCUUCGACGCCCUCAACGUCGAGCCCGCCCUGCACUCCGCGCUGCACCGCUGCGUGCCCCUGCCCGGCGGGGGCUCGCUGGUGAUAGAGGAGACAGAGGCGCUGGUGGCCAUCGACGUGAACAGCGGGGUGGAGUGUGCUGCAGCCCACCGCGCGGCAGGAAGACACGUUCCUGGCUGUCAACGUGGCGGCUGCCAGACAG